AUGCAUUGUACAUUCAGAAGUAAUUUUCAAGAGACACACAAAACAACAAAAAAACGUCGUAUGAUAGGACCAGCAAUGGAAAAAGCAAUAUCAUCGAUUUGUGUCGAUGGACUAUCAAGUGAAACGUAUCGAGAAAGAGAAGCAGUACGUCUGAUAAAAACAGGUGAACCUGAUCCGUCCAUUAUUCCAUCUGGUAAUUCAUUACGCAUUUUAAAAUCACGAGUGACAGCAGGCAGGCAGAUACCUUAA